AAUAAAAAUUUUGCAUGGUAGUGAAGGGGCGCCGAAGGCCCAAAAAAUGUGGUAAAAACAGAAGCCAAUCCAUUUGCGUAGAGUGAAGAGCGAAGCAGAAGGAAUGGUGUCCAUAGGCAUACUUACAUUUCCUUCCAAUUCAACCCACGAUUCAUGUUCCACCUCUUCUCCUUGCGGGCUCAGAUUCAGUUUUUCUUCCUUUAACUACAACAACCCCUCAAACCCAAUUCCUUCAAGAUUCUUGAAACAAAAACCUCUCAGAUUUCCCUGUUUUAAAAUACUCGCUUCUUCAUCUUCGUUGGUUGAACAUGGCUCAGCGGAGCAAUUUUUGGAGAAUAAUUCAAUUGCAGAUUUUAUGAGAUUCAAAAGAGGGAGCCAGAAAGGCAGCGCUCGGUUGCAGACUGCUGUUGUUUCUUAUAAAAAGAAGUUCCCCUGGUCUCUUCUUCCUCCUUUUCUUCAGGUUGAUUUGGUUUCAACAAUUCACAUCGCGGAUAAAGAGUAUUUUGAAACUCUCCAGAAGGAACUUGAGGGUUAUGAUUGUAUCCUCUAUGAGAUGGUGGCUAGCAGGGAGAGUUUAGAAAACAGAAGAAACCCUGCUGAUAGAAAGAAGAUUAAAGGUUCACGCUUACGGGGUUUCAACAUUCUAGGAUGUAUUCAAAGGCAGAUGGCUCGAAUUCUCAUGCUUGAUUUUCAAUUAGACUGUCUUGAUUACCAAGCUGAGAAUUGGUACCAUGCAGAUCUUGAUUAUGAGACUUUCAAGUUACUUCAGCUUGAAAAAGGUGAAAACUUAUUCACAUUUGCAAGGGAUAUGACUCUUAAAUCAACUAAAGCUAUGGUGCAGCCAGCAAUUCCAGAAGGCCUUGGUCCUUGGAGAUCCAAGCUUCUAUGGGCUUCCCGCGUACUUCCGAUGCCACUUGUUGGUCUUCUCGUUAUUGGAAGUGUCUGUACAGAUGUGGGAAGUCAGCCAUCUGAUUAUCCAGAGCUAGAAGCACUAUCUAGGCUUGACUUUGGUGCGGCUAUGAAGGUUUUCCUGGCGAAGCGACUUACAUCUGAGUUCACUCAAGUGACAGCAGAUGUAGAGGAGAGUUCUGUUAUUAUUGGUGAGAGAAACAAGGCUGCAAUUGAAGCACUUAGAAGAGCAAUUGAUGGGGGACACAGUAAGAUUGCCAUUCUGUAUGGCGGUGGCCACAUGCCAGACUUGUCAAGGCGGUUAAGAGAGGAGUUUGACCUGUUUCCUUCCCAAGUUCAAUGGAUAACAGCUUGGUCAAUUAGACAUCGAGACUUGAAUAGCAGUUCCUUCCCAUUUCUGAAAACAAUGGCAGAAGUUUUAGGUUGGCCACUAAAUCGCUACCAAACUUUAGCACUGCUCAUUUUAUCGUCAGUCCUUGCAGUGGAUCUCUGGUUUUGGGAACUUUUUUUUGGCACAACAGUUGACUGGAUCUCCCAAAUUGCAUCCGAAGUUUAUCAAUAUGUUGAUACAGCGCUAAAGAUGUGAAAAUAUUCAUCUUUAUUAAAUUUGUAAGCACUAAGGCAAUGUGUAUGCCUGUGUAAAUAUUUUAAUCAUCUCUAAUUUAAAGGUGCAGUUUAUUAUUUUUCA